UCCGCAGGCACAGGCUCUGGACGCAUCUCGGCCGCGCUGCUGGACACAGGCAUCCCAGGCCCCGGCCGACCCCUGCCCAAGGACCUCGCGGAAGAAGAGACAGCUGUGAAUUCUCCCCUAGGUGUGCUAAAGGAGCCCCCUCAGGCCUUCCAGGGGCAGACACCCUCCAGGGGGCGCUCCUUAGGGGCUCCGGAGCGGAGCGGCCCAGGAACGGUGUUCGCGAGGUCGCGGGCACCGCCGGAGCGUUUGGGGAACGGCACCGCGGGAACCCGGAAACACCAGAACUCGCCGGGCUGGCGGCGGCGGGCGCGGGAGGAGCUGCGGCGGCGGCUGGGCGCUCUGCGGCUCGGCGGACACGGCGGACCCAGCCAGCCAAGGCUCCGCGGGCAGCGGAGCGGGGCCUCCCAGCGCGCACCGAGGCACCUGAAGAAAAGGCAAUGUCUGCCAAUUUAAAGUACCUUUCUUUGGGAAUCCUGGUCUUUCAGACUACCAGCUUGGUUCUUACUAUGCGUUAUUCGAGGACUUUGAAAGAAGAUGGGCCUCGUUAUCUGUCAUCUACUGCAGUUGUGAUUGCUGAACUUUUGAAGAUCAUUGCCUGCAUUUUAUUGGUCUACAAAGAUAGCAAAUGCAGUCUUCGAGCACUGAAUAGAGUAUUGCAUGAUGAAAUUCUAAACAAGCCUAUGGAAACACUUAAGCUUGCUAUUCCAUCAGGAAUAUAUACUCUUCAGAAUAAUUUACUCUAUGUAGCAUUAUCAAACCUAGAUGCAGCUACUUAUCAGGUUACUUAUCAAUUAAAAAUUCUUACAACAGCACUGUUUUCUGUGUCCAUGCUUAGUAAAAAAUUAGGUUUGUACCAGUGGCUCUCUCUAGUGAUUUUAAUGGCAGGUGUCACUUUUGUACAGUGGCCCUCAGAUUCUCAAGAAGUGUCUUCUAAGGAACUUUCAGCGGGCUCUCAGUUUGUAGGUCUGAUGGCAGUUCUUACAGCUUGUUUUUCAAGCGGCUUUGCGGGAGUUUAUUUUGAGAAAAUUUUGAAAGAAACCAAGCAAUCUGUGUGGAUUAGAAAUAUUCAACUUGGUUCUUUUGGCAGCAUAUUCGGAUUAAUGGGUGUUUACAUUUACGAUGGAGAAUUAGUAUCAAAGAAUGGAUUUUUUCAGGGAUAUAACAAACUGACCUGGAUAGUAGUUGUUCUGCAGGCACUUGGAGGCCUUGUCAUAGCUGCUGUUAUUAAAUAUGCUGAUAAUAUUUUAAAAGGAUUUGCAACAUCUUUGUCUAUAAUACUGUCAACAUUAAUCUCCUAUUUUUGGCUGCAAGAUUUUGUUCCAACCAGUGUCUUUUUCCUUGGAGCCAUCCUUGUAAUAGCAGCUACUUUCCUAUAUGGCUAUGAUCCCAAACCUGCAGGAAAUCCUACUAAAGCCUAGUUAUUUUCUGAAACUUGUUUCUCAGGAUUGUUCAAGUAUUAAGAUCCUCAAACAUCAUUUGCACAUGGAGGAUGUCAACAUAAAUUCUGUGAGAGAUCAUCAGACUGAGUCUGAUCAUGGUUGUUCAAAUGAUUUGAAGUCACAAAGGUUUAGAAGCCGUAAGAAGUUUGUUACAUGUGGAAGUGAAAUAUCUAGUGCAUCCAAAAGUAAAAACUUGAAAAAAAAAACCCAAUAUAUUUCCAGUGACUAAAAUCAGGAAUGUUUACAACUUGAACUCUGAAGUUAACAAAAAAAAGAUUUUUACAAUUUUGAUUGCUGCAGAAAUGUCCUAUGCACUCUUUGCAAGAGCACAUGACAACAUGUCAGAUAUAAAUUUUUGCAAAUCAAAUCUAUUUGAUCUUAGUAAAUGUUUUUAAUUUGCUAUUUGUGUACAGAUAGAUUACACUGAAUAGAAUUCAUUAUUCUGUAAUUAAGAUUGUAAUUACCUAUUUCUUAUUAAAGCUGUGAAGAAAUUGAAGUAUGAUUUGAAAAAAAUUUUCACAUACCCAAGAUUUUUAUAUUUAUAAAGAGAUUACUAAACAAACCUGAAUUCUGUUAUUUGUUAAGCUCUACAAAAUUGAUAAUAUGAUGAGUCUGAUUUAAUAUAAGAAGGGGAAAAUUUAUAUAUGUAAGGCUCUCUGUUUAGUGGUUUGUAUAACCAGAUACAAGCUACAGGUAGAGUUCGAGUCUGGGUUUCUUUUUAUUUUUUCUUAUAAAUUGGACACUUAAUAUUACUUUAAAUUUUAUUUGUGUGUGAUUCAGUUUCCUUUAAUGUUAUUAAAUGUAACUUAAGAUAAAGUAAAUACUUAAAAUAUAUAAUGAUUUAUAAAAAUAUGUAAUUGUCUAUAUCUACUCUAUUUGGAGUCAUUAUGGACUAUCAUGUAUAUAUUCUACCUUAUUACAGAGUUUUAAAUGGAUGUUUUACUCAAUCUAUAAGAGCUUCUUUAAGGCUGUAACAGUAAAGAUAUUUUUAGUUUAAAUAGUAGUAAGUUGACAUGAAAAUAACUUUUAGAACCAUUUUAGAUGACCAUUAUAUUUUUUGAAAUGGUAUAAUAAGUUUAAAUUCAGGGUUCUCAAAACAAAAUUUAGUAAGCUCACCACCUACAGAAGUGCCCUUUCUAUGUACUUGGUUGAAGAGGAUCUUACUUUUAUAAGGCUCCAAGCACUGCAUGGGGCUGCUUGGGCAGAAGCUAUUAUUUGUUUCUUUGUGUGUAUACAUACGUGAAUGUGUGUAACACACACAUACACACACAUAAACACAUAUAAAAUUGGUUUUUGUAUAUAAAAGUGGUGUAUAUAUGUGCAUAUAUGUUUUAUAUAUACAUACAUAUAUAUUUGUGUGUAUAACUACACAAAUGCACCUGCUUUAAAAUAACACCAUUUCUAUGAUCUUAUGAACAUAGAAGUAGAAUAUUUUAUAAACCAUUUAAUAAUUUUUAAUGAGCUUGUGAUAAUGUCGUAAACUAGUUAAAAACUUUCUAAAAUUAUCACGUUAUCUUAAUUCAAUUAUGAACAAGAAUAGUAUUACUAUUCUAGUUUGUUCUCUAUAUAAUGUACUUUAAAACAACACAUAAAAUUAUAGUGUUUGUUUUUUUAAUUUGCAUAAAUAACUCAAUUCACUAGUCAUCCAUUCUGUAUAGAGUUAAAUAAGAUUCAAAAGUUUUGUGCUUAAAGUUAUGGUAUGCUUAUUGCAUUAAGGCUACCACUGAGUCAGCCUACUAUCAGAUUUCUUUGAAAACGUUUAGAACCCUCCUGUGUCCAUAAAUCAGGAGUCCACUCCUACCUCUUCUGUCCAAGGUUUCAAUUCCUUGCAAAUGCGUUCAUUUACGAAACACUUGGGAUCUUUGUAGUAGGUGUUGCAAACUGGCCCUUUUUGGCCAGAAUUCUGGGUACAUAUAACUUUCACUAGCCUCGAGAGUUGUUAAACUGUUAACAGUUUGGGGUAUAUUCUUAGUGUGCUACAAAAUUCUGGCCUAAUUGAAAUAUAAAUCCUUGUGUUACAAAGGAACUUUAAUGCACAAAAUUCCAAGACCGAGUUUACUUCUCAAAUAUUUGCUAGGUAUCUAAAUAGCAAUUCUGUAUACUUUCUUACCAGUUGACACUGUGUGGCCUGUCUCUUAUUUUAGUGCUUUAAAGAGUAAUACAACAAAGUAUUGGCAUAUGGUUAACGUAAUGGCAUGCUCCCAGUAACUAAAAAUUUAAAAUUAUUCACGUAUUCAAGCAAGUGUAUCAGAACAGGAUAGUUUCAUGAAAUAAGCAAAUACUGUUAUUCCGAGCAGUGAAGUAUAGCAGAAAGAGUGAGGAGACCUGAGUUCUAGUCCACCUAUGCCAUUAAUUCACUUUAUGAUCUUGGGUAAAUCACUCCUCUAGGCACUGGCUUUGUUGUCUGGGUUGGACUAGAAGGUUCUUUCCAGCUCUAAUACUCUAUGAUCGGUGAUAUUUAUUUUCAAAAGGAACUGUUCUGUGGACAGAGAAUUUAUAUUUUACAUUUCUAGUAAUUAAGAAAAUGUUUAUUCUUGGAUAUUGUUUAUAAUUUACACUUUGUGUUCACAAGGAAAUAUAAUAGAAUGCAAAAUUUGAAAAAGACAGCUGGAGUUAUAGAUUGGCUUUUACCAAGAGCUAAUGGUGACAUUUUCAUGACAUUGUUUUUUGCAUCAUUUGACAGUUUUACCUCCAAAGUCUUGUCUGUUAACCAUGUAAUUAAAAGAUUAAUAAUUACAUUACUAACAUAGGGUUUUGACACCUAAAUAAUUUCAGCAUUUUAAGAAAUUGAGACUUUUUUCACCUCUCAACUACUUUAUUCAUUGAAAAUAAGCCGUUUUGUAGGGAAAUGUACCAAUAACUAGCACUAUGAUAAAUUAAGUCUAUUAUGUCCAGUUUAAAACUGGAUGAAAAGUUUUAAAUAUAAAGAAUGGAUUUGCCAACAGAACAGUAAUAAAUUAAACUCUUUUAGGAGUACCGUAGGUGUGAAUUCUCGAACAUUUCUUUUAUGUUAAAAUCUGUAUCAGCAAGAGGAAUGAGCAGUGGUUUGCAUUUCUAGUUAUUCUCAGUGGGGGGAAACUUGAAAGCUAGCUUAUGAAUCUGGACAAAAAUGUAGGGGGAAAGAAUCUGUAGGCUGCCCCUACAUAUUUCAGAAAUUGUGCUGUAGUAAGUUAAGGAUUUGGUUCUUACUAUAUUACCUUAUGAACUGAGAAAUCUUUCAGACAAAGAAGUUUUCUACACUUUAAAAAUGAUACUGUAUUUGCUUCCAAUAUAGGUAUUGUUUUUGAGAAACAGGAUUAUUUUUGUCAUCACAUCAUCUUUUAAUUUAAAUUUUCAUUGUCAUGAUAGUAUUUAUUUACAUCCUGAUGUGUUUUUCAAUAGAAAAGCCUUCUAGAAGUUGUUUACGCUAAGCUUGUAAGUCACCUUAAGAACCUCUAAAAUGUAGCGUUUUAAUAAUAUAGGACCAAAAGAAGCACCUUUUACAAAUUGUGGUUCUAUGUGCCUUGCUUACCAAAUACCUGACUUCUUCUGGAGGUUAUUACUAUAAUUCACAAUUGUGGAUACAUGACAAUAAUAUCAUGAAUUUUUAAAAGUUAUUUUUCAGUUGAUUUUUUUUAAAAAUUCUGUAUCUACAAGUAUUCAUCAAAUCUAUUUUAUGAUAAAGGAAAUUAAGUGUGCUCUGCAGGUAACCGAAACAAUAUGUGUUUGAGUAAAGUACAACACUAUUACUCACCAUUGUUUUUAAAUAACAUUUUACUGCAUUUUUUGUUCUUUGCAAUUUGGAUCUUUUGUUGUGUCUCUGUGUUUUGUUUGUUUAAAUACCUUUUGGUGUUGGGGAACAAUAUGUAAUUUUGUAUAUUUAAACUUUUGUGGACAAAAUUCAAAAAUUAACAAUAUAAUCAGUCUCUUUAAUGUCAUGUUUUUUAUUGAUUUUAAUAUUUCAGGUUUUUUCAAUAUCUAGUUACCACAUAUUGCUUAAUGAGUUUUAUUGGAAUGUAGGCAUAGUUUUAUUAAUGGAAUUAAUUGUGAAUGUGAAUUAAAUUUCUCCUCUUUUAAUACCAACGAUAAAUUACUAGUCAUCCCUGUUACUGUAGUCAUUAUCAUCUCUAGCUCACAUAUGAAUCUACAUGUUGCCUCAUCUGCUCUAGCUCCCAUUUAAGUUAUUGUGAAUUUCUCUACUCGUACUAGAAUGACAAAAAGCUUAAAUUUUCUAUGAGAUGCAUAUCAGCCAGCUAAAAGGAAAAUUAAUCACAUUAAGCAAUUGAAAUCAUGUGCUCUAUUUUCUUUACUUUUUGCUUAUAAUUUAUUUCAUGUAUUAUCACUGUUUUAAGAAUCAUUUAAUAAGUUCUUAAAUGUUGAAGAUCUUAAGACUUACUGAUAACAAGUUCACAGCAUUCAUGUUACCAUUUAUUUAUAAAAUUGAUGUUGUCUGAGAUAAAUCAAUUGUUGUAAAAAUAUUUUAAAGAAUUAGCUUUGUUUUUUAAUAUAAACUUUGGUUACCCUAAUGAAAAAACCUAGUUAUAAAAUAUCAUUAGUAUUACUUUUCCCUUGCUUUUGAAUAGCUUUUCUUAAGUUUACAGUAUACCAUUAUUGUAGUAUCUUUAAUGCCUGUUUGUAAAUGUAAAUAUAAUAGGUAAAUUAACUUGCCACUACUGUCCUUCAACAAAACACUGACUGGCAAAUGGUAAUCUGCAUUAUCAUACCAAUCUUUAAUAAAGUCCUUGAAAAUGAA